CUCUCUCUCUCUCUCUGUCUUUCUUUCACCCUCGCACGCUCUCUUUCGCUGAUCACCGAGCGAGCACCUCACGGAUCGGAUCUGCUCUCACUCCCCCAUUUAUAUAUUUAUAUAUGUGUACACAUAUAGUUGUAUAUAUAUAUAUAUAUAUACACAUACAAAUACGUCCUCCGAUCGCUACGCUUCGACGACGACGACUCGGUCUGAUUGGCUGACCCAUUUCGAGCGGGUUCGGGCCUCCGAUUUCUAGGGCUCUUAUUCUCUUUUCUGCUCCAUCUUUCUUGCCAUGGACCUGAGGAAGUUAUGUGCAGAGCAUCGUCUGUGUUUGGUUCCUCGGAAUUCCGUUAUCUGAUAUCCAAUUCCAUACAUUUUCCGAGAUUUUUCAGACUCUCCUUUGGAAAAUGGCAGCUUCUCCGGUCAAGUUCCUCUUUGGUUUCUUGCUCCUUUCCAUCACAUUGUGGCUUCUCUUCAUAUUUGCAUCGAGGUUGCUGGCUUGGAUUUUGAGUCGAGUAGUAGGAGCAUCUGUUGGAUUUCGUGUUGGUGGAUGGAAAUGUCUAAGGGAUGUUGUUGUGAAGUUCAAAAAGGGUGCUGUUGAAUCCAUAUCUGUUGGUGAAAUUAAACUCAGCUUACGUCAGUCCUUGGUUAAACUUGGGGUUGGUUUUAUUUCCAGAGAUCCGAAGCUCCAAGUGUUAAUAUGUGAUUUAGAAAUUGUGAUGAGGCCUUCAAAUAAAAGCACAUCUAAGGCUAAGAAAGCAAGAAAACCUCGUAGUUCAGGCAGGGGAAAAUGGAUGGUUGUUGCUAAUAUUGCAAGAUAUUUAUCGGUUUCUGUGACAGAUUUAGUUUUGAAGACACCCAAAGCUACUGCUGAAGUUAAGGAACUGAAAGUAGAUAUAUCUAAGGAUGGUGGAUCUAAGCCAAAUCUGUUUGUUAAGCUGCAUAUAUUACCAAUUAUUGUGCACAUGGGUGAACGGGGUUGUAGUGAUCAACCAUCCAGUCUCAGCUAUGAAGGAUGCCUUUCUGCCAGCCAGUCAUCCUGUGGCAUUAUGGAGAGGUCGUCAGCUCCUUUUGUUUGUGAAGAGUUUUCUCUCUCUUGUGAAUUUGGUCAUGAUAGGGAAGUUGGUGUGGUUAUCAAGGACGUGGAGAUUUCCAGUGGAGUGGUCUCUGUGAACCUGAAUGAGGAAAUGCUCUUAAAAAGCAAGAGUUCAUCACAUUCUUCUUCUCACACUGAUAAAGUUGUAGAUUCGACUGUUGGUUCUUUAGAUUCAAGAAAGACGCACAAAGAACAACAAUUGGUUGCUGCACUUUCAAAGUAUAGCUCUAUAUUUCCAGAAAAGAUAUGCUUCAAUUUACCGCAACUGGAUGUAAAAUUUGAGCAUCGUGAACAUAAUUUAGCUAUUGAGAAUAACAUCAUGGGAAUUCAAUUGAAAACCAUUAAAUCACAAGCUAGUGAAGACGUCGGGGAGAGUACACGCUUGGAUGUGCAUUUGGAUUUUAGUGAGAUUCAUCUUCUUAGAGAAGCCGGCACUUCUGUUCUGGAGAUACUGAAAGUAGCCUUUGUCUCAUUUGUGUACAUUCCUAUACAGCCAUCCUUGACUGUUAGAGCAGAAGUUGAUGUGAAGUUGGGAGGUACCCAAUGCAACAUUAUAUUGAGUAGACUGAAGCCAUGGUUGCGCCUUCACUUCUCAAAGAAGAAGAAAAUGGUGCUUCGGGAGGAAAGUUCUACUGUUGAAAAGCCACCAUCAAAUGAUACCAAAGCUAUCAUGUGGACAUGUACUGUUUCAGCUCCUGAGAUGACUAUUGUGCUUUAUGGUGUCAGUGGUUUGCCACUAUAUCAUGGUUGCUCUCAAUCAUCACAUGUGUUUGCAAAUAAUAUAUCUAAUACUGGAACUACUGUACACAUGGAACUUGGUGAAUUGAAUUUGCACAUGGCAGAUGAAUACCAAGAAUGCUUGAAAGAAAGCCUUUUUGGAGUGGAAUCAAAUUCGGGGUCAUUGAUAAACAUAGCAAAGGUUAGUUUGGAUUGGGGAAAGAAGGAUAUGGAAUCAUUGGAAGACGAUGGUUCUAGGUGUAAAUUGGUUCUGUCUGUUGAUGUAACUGGUAUGGGUGUUUAUUUUACAUUCAAGCGCAUUGAGUCUCUUGUAUCAACUGCAAUAUCUUUUCAAGCUCUCAUGAAGUCUCUAUCUGCUUCUGGGAAAAGAACGUCACAGGGUAAAGGAGGGCGUUCAUCUAAAUCAUCAGGAAAAGGGACUCGACUUUUAAAAUUUAAUCUUGAACGGUGUUCUGUAAACUUAUGUGGUGAUGCAGGUCUAGAAAACACCAUUGUUGCAGAUCCCAAGCGUGUAAAUUAUGGGUCGCAUGGUGGUCGAGUUGUAGUAAGUGUCUCAGCUGAUGGCACAACUAGGUGUGCAGACAUAAUGUCCACAAUUUCUGAUGAAUGCAGAAAUUUGAAGUAUUCCGUUUCUCUUGAUAUCUUCCAUUUCAGUUUGUGUGCAAACAAGGAUAAACAGUCGACGCAGCUGGAGCUUGAAAGGGCCAGAUCAGUCUAUCAGGAGUACUUAGAAGAACUAAAGCCCAAAACAAAAGUAACACUGUUUGACAUGCAGAAUGCUAAAUUUGUACGGCGUUCUGGUGGUCAUAAGGAGAUUUCUGUGUGCUCUCUUUUCAGUGCAACUGAUAUUACAGUCAGGUGGGAGCCUGAUGUACAUAUAUCACUAAUUGAACUGGUUUUGCAGUUGAAAUUACUGGUACACAAUCUGAAGCUUCAGGGACAUGGUAAUGAGUAUAUUGAUGAUGCUUCUAGUAUGAGAGAUCAUGAACAAAAAAAAGUAGCCAAUACCGAAUCAGAAAAUGUUGACAAGCACAAGAAAAAGGAAUCUAUUUUUGCUGUUGAUGUUGAAAUGUUGAGUAUAUCUGCCGAGGUUGGAGAUGGGGUUGAAACAUUGGUUAAGGUUCAGUCAAUUUUCUCUGAAAAUGCACGUAUAGGAUUACUUCUUGAAGGACUUAUGCUAAGUUUUAAUGGGUCCAGAUUAUUCAAAAGUAGCAGGAUGCAAAUUUCACGAAUUCCUAGUGUGUCUACCAGUUCAUCUGAUGCAAAGGUACCUGUAACUAACACAUGGGAUUGGGUAAUUCAAGGCCUUGAUGUCCACAUUUGCAUGCCCUAUAGAUUGCAAUUGCGUGCCAUUGAUGAUUCAGUUGAAGAUAUGUUGCGUGGUUUGAAGCUUAUCACAGCUGCUAAAACUAAUCUUAUUUUUCCUGUGAAGAAAGAGGUGUCAAAAGUCAAGAAACCUAGUUCAAUGAAAUUUGGCCGUGUAAGGUUCUGCAUACGCAAGCUUACUGCUGAUAUUGAGGAAGAACCAUUGCAAGGAUGGCUUGAUGAACACUAUCAGCUGAUGAAGAAUGAGGCCUGUGAAUUAGCUGUAAGGUUGAAAUUUCUUGAUGAUUUUACUUCCAAACAUAACCAAUGUCCUAAAAGCGCUGAACCAAAUGAAUCUAGUCAAGAAAAAAAGACUGUCUUCAAUGGAGUUGAGAUUGAUUUGCAAGAUCCUUCAGCUGUUAGCAGAAUGCGGGAGGAAAUUUAUCGGCAGUCAUUCCGAUCAUAUUUUCAGGCAUGUCAGAAUCUAGUACCAUCAGAAGGUUCAGGUGCUUGUAAGGAAGGAUUUCAGUCUGGUUUUAGGCCAAGCACUGCUAGGACUUCCCUUCUUUCUGUUUCUGCUACAGAUUUAGAUUUAAGCUUGACAAGUAUUGAUGGUGGGGAGGAUGGCAUGAUAGACAUUGUAAAGAAGCUCGAUCCUGUCGCUCAUGAAAAUAAUAUACCAUUUUCUCGACUAUAUGGGAGAAAUAUUCACUUGCAAACAGGUUCUCUGGUUGCUCAGAUACGGAAUUACACAUUUCCUCUUCUUUCUGCUACUUCUGGUAAAUGUGACGGUUGUGUUGUGCUAGCACAGCAGGCAACAUGUUUUCAGCCUCAAAUUUAUCAAGAUGUCUUUAUUGGGAGAUGGAGAAAGGUGCGCAUGCUUCGUUCUGCUAGUGGUACAACGCCACCAAUAAAAACAUAUUCAAAUUUGCCUAUCAAUUUCGAGAAAGGAGAAAUGUCCUUUGGAGUGGGGUAUGAGCCAUCUUUUGCUGAUGUGAGCUAUGCUUUUACUGUGGCUCUUCGCAGGGCUAAUCUAAGUAUUAGGGAUGUUAAUUCUAGCCUUCUGCAAAACCAGCCACCAAAAAAGGAACGUAGCUUGCCAUGGUGGGAUGAUGUUAGAAAUUACAUUCAUGGAAAUAUCUCCUUAUGCUUUUCAGAAACCAGAUGGCAUGUUCUUGGAACUACUGAUCCUUAUGAAAAGCUUGACAAACUUCAGAUACUCUCUGGUCCUAUGGAGAUCCAGCAGUCAGAUGGUCGUGUUUAUGUAUCUGCUAAGGAUUUUAGGGUUUUUAUCAGCAGUUUAGAGAGUUUGGCAAACAGUCAUGGUGUGAAACUUCGUAGAGGUAUAUCUGGUCCGUUGCUGGAAACUCCAAUUUUCACUCUUGAAGUUCUAAUGGAUUGGGAAUGUGAAUCUGGUACUCCUCUGAAUCAUUAUUUAUUUGCACUUCCAGUUGAAGGGAAGCCUCGUGAAAAGGUUUUUGAUCCCUUCAGAUCUACUUCUCUAUCCCUUUGCUGGAACUUUUCUCUUAGACCAUCUCCCACAUGUGAUGGGCAAUCUGCAUCUGCCACUGUGGGAGAUACUGCCGAUGUAGAUGGAACUGUGUAUGGCCCUCCUCAUAAGCAUGAGAGUGUUUCAAUUGUUUCACCAACAGUGAAUAUGGGUGCUCAUGAUCUUGCAUGGAUAGUAAAAUUCUGGAACUUGAAUUAUCUUCCUCCUCACAAAUUGCGAUCUUUCUCUCGUUGGCCUCGUUUUGGAGUUCCACGAGUUUUAAGAUCAGGUAAUUUGUCAUUAGAUAAAGUGAUGACAGAGUUUAUGUUCCGUGUAGAUGCUACACCUACAACUAUCAAAAAUAUUCCUCUAGAUGAUGAUGAUCCAGCAAAAGGACUGACAUUUAGUAUGACAAAAUUAAAAUAUGAGCAAUAUUAUAGUCGGGGGAAGCAAAAGUAUACUUUUGAAUGCAAACGUGAUACUCUUGAUCUUGCUUAUCAGGGUCUUGACCUACAUAUGCCCAAGGCAUUUAUAAAUAAGGAAGAAAGCUCUAGUAUUGCAAAAGUGGCUCAAAUGACAAGAAAAAAUUCACAAUCGUCAUCCCUAGAGAGAGUUCCAAGUGAUAAAAACAAUCACAUUAAUGGUUGCACUGAGAAACAUCGUGAUGAUGGAUUUCUGUUGUCUUCUGAUUAUUUCACAAUCAGAAGGCAGGCUCCAAAGGCUGACCCUGCUAGGUUAUUAGCCUGGCAAGAGGCUGGAAGAAGAAAUCUUGAGAUGACAUAUGUGAGGUCUGAGUUUGAAAAUGGGAGUGAGAGUGAUGAGCAUACACGAUCAGAUCCAAGCGAUGAUGAUGGAUACAAUGUGGUGAUAGCUGACAAUUGCCAGCGUAUUUUUGUUUAUGGCCUCAAGCUUCUGUGGACCAUUGAGAAUAGAGAUGCUGUUUGGUCCUAUGUUGGUGGUAUAUCAAAAGCUUUUGAACCUCCAAAACCUUCCCCAUCUCGGCAGUACACACAGAGAAAAUUGCACGAGAACCACCAGCAUGAUGCAGAUGAGAUGCAAGUUGAUGUUAUGGUAAAGCCUCCUACUUCCAGCCAUGGUGCAAAUGCUCCUGUGCAACUUACAGGAUCCUCUGGAUCAGUUCCAUCUCCAUCAGAUUCGGUUAAAGUGGAGAACCACCCAUCUUCUCUUCCACUUGGUAAAGAUGGAAAGAUAAAUGAUUCUGAGGAUGAUGGGACUCGCCAUUUCAUGGUGAAUGUAAUUGAGCCGCAAUUUAAUCUACACUCAGAAGAAGCCAAUGGUAGAUUUCUGCUUGCUGCUGUCAGUGGUCGUGUUUUAGCUCGAUCAUUGCAUUCAGUCCUUCAUGUUGGUUAUGAUAUGAUUGAGCAAGCACUUGGUGCUGGGAAUGUAAAUAUUCCUGAGUGUGAACCUGAAAUGACGUGGAAACGCAUGGAAUUCUCAGUGAUGUUGGAGCAUGUUCAGGCUCAUGUGGCCCCAACUGACGUUGAUCCAGGGGCUGGGUUGCAGUGGCUUCCAAAAAUUCUUAGAAACUCUCCCAAAGUAAAACGUACCGGUGCUCUUCUUGAGAGAGUCUUUAUGCCCUGUGACAUGUACUUUCGUUACACAAGACACAAAGGUGGGACCCCAGAAUUGAAGGUGAAGCCCCUAAAGGAGCUCACUUUCAAUUCUCAGAAUAUUACGGCGACAAUGACCUCUCGCCAAUUUCAGGUUAUGCUGGACGUUUUGACAAAUCUUCUCUUUGCACGGCUUCCCAAACCUCGAAAAAGUAGUCUCUCAUUUUCUGCUGAAGAUGAUGAAGAUGUUGAAGAGGAGGCCGAUGAGGUGGUUCCUGAUGGUGUUGAAGAGGUAGAGCUUGCGAAAGUUGAACUUGAGAAGAAAGAGCAGGAGCAGAAGUUGAUUCUAAAUGACAUUAGAAAACUCUCUCUUCGUUGUGAUAAUUCUGGGGAUCUAUAUUCUGAAAAGGAAGGAGAGAUGUGGAUGAUAACUAAUUCAAGGCCCAUGCUGGUCCAAGGGCUAAAGAGAGAGCUUAUCAAUGCAAAAAAAUCUCGGAAGGCAGCAUCUGCUUCGUUAAGGAUGGCUUUGCAAAAGGCUGCUCAGAUAAGACUAAUGGAAAAGGAGAAAAACAAAAGUCCAUCCUAUGCUAUGCGGAUUUCUUUGCAAAUUAACAAAGUUGUUUGGAGUAUGCUUGUUGAUGGCAAAUCUUUUGCUGAAGCUGAGAUAAAUGAUUUGAUUUAUGACUUUGACCGGGAUUACAAGGAUGUUGGUGUUGCUCAGUUUACAACAAAAUAUUUUGUUGUUAGAAACUGCCUACCUCUUGCCAAGUCAGAUAUGCUUUUAUCAGCAUGGAAUCCUCCACCAGAAUGGGGAAAAAAAGUCAUGUUGCGUGUUGAUGCGAAGCAAGGAUCUCCAAAGGAUGGAAAUUCUAUUCUUGAACUUUUUCAGGUAGAAAUUUACCCCCUUAAGAUUCAUUUAACGGAGACAAUGUACAGAAUGAUGUGGGAAUAUUUCUUCCCAGAAGAAGGACAAGAUUCACUGAGGCGGCAGGAGGUUUGGAAGGUUUCAACCACUGCUGGUUCAAAACGUGUAAAGAAAGGCUUAUCAAUCCAUGAAGCCCCUGCUUCAAGCAGCCAUACAACAAAAGAAAUUGAGCCCUCUUCUAAAUCUGGUGUCUUUGCUCCUGCUUCUGAUCAACCUUCUCUUCAUGCUGAUUCUACUCAAACGUCAAAACUGACCCCGGAGUUGAGAAGAACAUCUUCUUUUGACAGAACAUGGGAAGAAACUGUGGCAGAGUCUGUUGCUAAUGAGCUUGUCUUACAGAGUUUUUCAUCAAAAAGUGGCCCACUUGGUUCUGCUGACCAAGAUGAAUCCUCUAAGAAUAAAUUGAAGGACCCCAAAGCUCUGAAAUCUGGCAGGUCAUCUCAUGAGGAUAAAAAGGUGGCAAAGUCACAAGAUGAUAAACGAUCCAGGCCACGAAAGAUGAUGGAGUUCCACAAUAUCAAGAUAAGUCAGGUCGAGCUGUUGGUUACUUAUGAAGGAUCAAGAUUUGUUGUGAAUGAUCUUAAGUUGCUAAUGGAUACAUUUCACCGUGUUGAGUUCACUGGGACUUGGCGAAGAUUAUUCUCACGUGUUAAGAAGCAUAUAAUCUGGGGUGUCUUAAAGUCUGUGACUGGAAUGCAGGGUAAGAAGUUUAAAGACAAAGCACAUAGUCAGAGGGAACCCAGUGGUGCAGCUGUUCCUGAUAGUGACCUUAAUUUCAGUGAUAAUGAGGGUCUGGGAGGCAGAGCUGAUCAGUUGACUUUUCUCAAGCGUCCAAGUGAUGGUGCAGGUGAUGGAUUUGUCACUUCUGUAAGAGGUCUUUUUAAUACUCAACGUCGCAAGGCAAAGGCAUUUGUCCUAAGGACCAUGAGGGGUGAAGCGGAUAAUGAUUUCCAAGGUGAUUGGAGUGAAAGCGAUGCAGAGUUCUCUCCCUUUGCUAGGCAGCUCACAAUAACAAAAGCAAAGAGGCUAAUCAGGCGACAUACAAAAAAGUUCCGCUCUAGGGGACAAAAAGGUUCAUCCUCCCAACAGAGAGACUCACUUCCCUCAUCGCCUAGGGAGACCACUCCAUUUGAAAGUGACACAUCAAGUGGAUCCUCUCCUUAUGAGGAUUUUCACGAAUAAACAAUUAUGUGAUUCAAGGGAGAGCAGAUAUUGAGGCACUGGAGGGUAAACACCAGAUGGCGUGUGCCCUGUUGAGGGAGAGCAGAUAUUGGCAACUAUAUUACCACUGAGGAUGAAGAUUUUUGAUGUUUUUGGGUAAUCUUCCAAUUAUGGUAGUCUGGGAAACACCAGGCAUGCAUAAGAUGGGUUCUUUCUGCGGCAGUAAUUGGCUUGAACAUCCAAGUACACGACAGGACACAUAUCUGGAGGUGAUUUACAACGAUUACCGAGUAUCAGCCACCUGCUCGCUUAGAUUUUGAGCUCAUUUGACUCAUGAGAGGAAGCUAGUUAUUAUGCUCAAUUGUUAUUAGUUUUGUAUAGUUUUGUUAUCAACGAAAAGGGAAAAAAAAAGAAAAAAAAGAAAAAAAAAAAAAGAUAGACGCAUAAAUUAUAUACAAGCCACAAGAAUUCCGUAAGUUUGUACAUACAUUCAAAUAUAUAUAUAUAUUCGGAAAUCAAAUAAAUGCCAAUUUGGUUCUCUGUAAAA